AUUUCAUAAGGCAUGGUACCCAGACGUACAUGUAGGCAACUUCCAAAUACAAACUUGUUCAAAAUUAUUAUAUUCGUCUGGUAACGGUGAAGAAACGCAACGAUCAGUCGAACCGUUUCUACGGAGUGGAAAUGACGGACAUUUGGACCCUUGCAAUUUUGCCGACAUAAAUGCGCAGCGAUGGCAUCUGAAGUGGCUAGUGUGAGUCUGGAAGAAGACAACGGUGCAAGUGACAAGCCAACUGGUACACAGCAAACUCCAUCAUCCUCCGAGAGAGCAGAUAAUGUGGUUCCUAUGGAAACAGAUGAAGCAACUGAAGACAAAAGGCCAGAAACUGAGGAUAAACCAAGCAGUGAUGCCAACCAACUGACUGCUUCCAAUGAGGACGAAGACUGGAGCAGAGCUCAGCAAUGUUCGUCAGCUUUUGUCAUUGAAGUAUUUCAGUGUAAGCUGUGCUCCAGUUUCAACUCAACACGAAAGACGGCCAUCACCAAGCAUCUAAAGGACAAGCAUGCUAGAGAAUGGGAGACUCUCAAAGGUGCAGACAACCCGUCCUCCCUUGCCACAAGCAGCAAGGAGAAUUCUUUGACUCAAGGUGACUUGGAGGAGAUGUUGGAGAGAGAACUGACGAGGAGGAACCAAGGAAAGGCUGAUGUCACUCCUACUGCAACCCCACAGCAGAGUACCGUCAUUGCUGUUCCAGUACAGCAAGCAGUGUGUAGGGGCCCACAGAAGAUCACUGGUGCAGUGCCUGUUGGAAACAACGCCGUCUUCUUACCAUUUGUCUCUGUGCAGCCCAACCUCCAACCAAAAUUAGUCAGAGUGCCUAUGCAGUCAACCUCUAGAAGAAGACCAGGCCGUCCAAAAUCUCUGUUGCCAAAAGUGGUCAGGAUUGAAAGCUUGCAAUCCAAAGUAACCCCCCAAGGAGCUUCUGUCCAAAGUAAACAAAGCCAGGCAGCUCCACCUGUGCCUAGCCAGAUUUCAUUGAGACCGGGGCUCAGACAAAGUGCAAAUCGCAAACCCAAAGAAUUUAAGGACUUUGUGGUACUCUCUCCUGGGAAGCGAAACUUGGCGUCUGGGGACAAAUCCAAUGGUGAUGAUAGUGAUGAUGAUUUUGAUGUUGAGGAGGAGACAGAUGAGGAUUUAGCAGAAGAUGCACAUGAAGUAGACAAGCAGAGCGAUAAGAAGGUUCAAGAGUCGGAGAAGGAACUUGAGGAUAGACCUAAGGAGUCCCAGCAGAGCCAGGCAGUUUCCCCUUUGAAGGAGCAAAAUGUUGUCAAGAAGAAGUUCCAGUGUCCAGAUUGCUUAAUGCGAUUUGCAUCAACAGAAAGCUUGAAACGCCAUAAAGACUUGAAGAGGUGCAUCGGGAUACCAAUUACCGGCAAGGAGUUCCCCUGUCCAGACUGUAAGUAUGUCGGCACUGCUGUGACCAGUCUAAAAGUACACAUGCAGAGUCACAAGCAACGACGACAAAAGAAAUACGGCUGUGUGCAUUGCAAGAAGGGCUUCACAUCCAUCAAGGGAGUAAAGGUACACAGACGCAACAACUGCUGUCCGGCCUUGAAACAGAAGAAACCCAAGGGGCCCCGGAUGUAUCCCUGUGAGCUGUGUGGCAGACAGUGCAAAGAGAAGAGGGGACUGACAGAGCAUAUGGCAUCCCACAGCGAAAUCCGCCAACACAAGUGUGACUUCUGCAAAAAGGGGUUCAAGACUUCUGGAGCGCUGCGCCGGCACCGCAAGAAACAUCAAGACCGAUUCUUCUACUGUGACCUGUGCAAAUUCAAGAGCAGGUGGCGGUCAAGCUUGAAGACUCACUUUGAAGCUCAUCAUGCUGAAGAUACCAGAGAGUGGCUGCAGUGUCCUCAGUGUCCACACCAGACCAAGAACAAGUACUACCUGAAGCGUCACAUCGAGUCACACACCGACACUCGCAUGUUCAUCUGUGAAGUCUGUGGCAAAGACUACAAGACCCAGGUCAUCCUUAAUUGUCAUCGGGAGACUCACCAAAAUGGUGUGUACCCUUGCGAGAAAUGUGACUACGUCGGCAAGACCAAGAUGCAACUGUACUCCCAUCAACUUGUUCACAUUCCUCGGGACAAGAUGACUUUCAAGUGUGAUCAAUGCAAUUGGGUAGGGAAACGUAAGAGUGAAUUGAGCAUCCACUACCGCAAACACUCCGCCUUGAAACUCUACCAGUGCGGGGCGUGUGGGAAAUCCUACAAGCACAAGCAUGCGCUGACUCGACACAUGAAUGAAAAGCACUUUGGGAAGGCCUUAGACCUGAGCACACUGGAGGUGCAUGAAAUAAGUCCACACACUGGGGAGAACACGGUACUCCACACAGUGCAAGACAUGAUAGAUAGGGCACAGAUGGGGUUAAAGGUCACCCAUGAAGGUCAAUCCCUGAGUGGAAUUCCGGCGAUAGUUCAGGCAGCGCAGCAGUACCAGCUGAUGCAGGGAUCUGAGAUGGUUGAAGAGGUCGAAGCUGAUCAUGCCGACCAAAUGAUCACGCAUCAGAACCCAAACGUUGCGGUGACCUUUGAAAUCACAACAUCUGGUGGUGUUCAUCGGAGAAGCCAUGUGCAAACAGCACAAUAAACUCUCAAAGACUGGUAUCGCAAGAACAGUACAAAAAGAGAUCCUAACGAACUUCAGUCAUGAACAGUUUUUGAUUGUAAUUUGGUCCAUGGAACACACUUUUGAACUAGUAAACAUGCCAUUGCAUUUGUGUAAUCUGCUGGCAUUGGG